CUAGCAAGGCCCAGGCGGACGGGACUGGGAGGCUCCGAGCGACAGGAGGCGGGGUCAGCACCGAGCUGGUCUCGGGCCGGGCGUGCCUAAGAAAAUCCUGCCCGUCCCGCGCUUUCCGAGCUCAGCGGGAGUUUGCUGCGUGAACCGCUUAAAGAACCAACGAAUGAAUGAGCCUCCUACUGGACUGGGGGCCUCGGGGCCCCGCGGGGCUGCGAAUCUCGCGGACGCUCCGGGCAUCGUGGGGAGCGCCGAGUCCUUUCCGCGCAAGCUGGGGCGCGGGUCUCCCCUGGCUCCUGGUGCCCGGAAUCCCGCGGUGGCGGGGGCGGCAGCGGGGCCGAGGGCGAGCGGAAGCCGAGGCGGCGCUCCGGGGAACCGCCCGGCAGCUGAGAACCUGGACUGUGAGCCGUGGGUCAGAGAGAAAGUGCUCUUUCUUCUGCACCCAGAGAGAUGGUUGGGGACUCCAGGGGACCCUGCACGGGAAGAAGUGGCCAGUGGGGAGGACCUUUUCCAGGCGGCCGGAGAGGACCGGAAACCCGACUGCCCGUCUCUCUUAACACGAGAAAAGCGAAUUUCUCGCAGCCGUGUAGACGCUCCUUUCAGAGCCCUGCCGCGGGACCCCGCAUCCCCACCCAAGUCCGUGCUCGUGCGGAUUGUGGACUAUCAUAUGACAGAAGAAGUCCUGUGGACCUCAUGGACGAAGGGCCAAAUGACCGCACGGACCGAGGAGCACUCCAUGAGCGCCAUCACUUUUCGCACCAACAGGGAGUGAAGCACCAGGCUGUGGGGCGCCAGGACUCCGGAGAACCCCCGGCUCUCCCUGCAUAAGGAGAGGCGCCCCGCGUCCACGCCGCGGGGAGAUCACCUCACGGUCCCCAACGACUGGAUUGCCCGAGGAUAUGAAACAGGAAAGAGGAGCCUGAGGAAUGUUGCGGGCUGGUGGAUGAGCAAUAAGCCUUAAGAAAAUGCUCUUCCGGGAACGCCAACCUGUAAUUAACCAACGGCAAGGACCUUUUAUGAGGCUGGGGCUGCGCUGCAAGGGGGCAGAUGACACCCCAGACAGAAAGAAGAACUGUGAGCAACAUAAUACCUCCUUUGUGUCUUAAAUACUGUGACGGUCUCGGGACCUAAGUCAUUGGUAAAGGGGAAAGAAAGGUAUUUUCAAAUUGGUAAAUUGUGGGCCAUUUGAAAUAAGAAAAUGUGUUGUUAAUUCUCACUUUGCAAUACAUCUCAACUGAUCUCUUUCCCUGCCUCCCCACUCUCUCUUUAAGACCUAAAAUCAGAAGUGAAGUUUUGAUUCAAAGGGAGUGGGAGUAGAUGGGGAGAGAGGCUUGUUUUAAAGCUGAAAAAGAAAGUAAAAAGGAAUGGGAAAAUUAAAAUA